CAAACGAUGUUUUAGAUUAUCUUUUACCUAAGUUUUUCGGAUUUAUAGAGUAUGCAUUAAAGUCACUCACCAUAUGUAUUUUACAACUGUUUGACUAGAGUCUAGGUUUAUUUCGGAGGAAGUCGUUCACUACACACUCUGAACUUCAAUACACUACAACUAAUUCAAUUUAUUGGCCAUUAUAUUCGUGUUCUAAGUGAAUGGGCUUAUUUUGGUAGAAAAAUAAGCUAUUAGCUUAACUGGUAACAUGUGUAGUGACUCACAUUUAUCACGAGAACACGACUGGUUUAAUAAAAACAAUUAUUAUUAUAACCAGCUGUACCAGUGUUUGUUUUAACGUGCUUUUGUUUGACUGUGCUAAUUAUAGCCAUUUUGUGCUUCCAUUACCUUCCAUCAUUGUUCCGCGGUUUUUGGUACUGUUCGCACGUACUCCUGUCUUCUGCUUCCACUUGUACCAUUCCUUGGCACGAUCUCGGUAUUCGUUCAAUACCACGAGAUCGCCAACGAAAUAAAUCUGGUUACGUUCGAUCCUCGCCUUCUGAUUUGUCUGGCACGUGUUUCUGGGUAGCGGUGUUCACAGUUAAUCUCAACACGACGCCACGCUACAAUUGGUAAUCCCAAUCAGACUACAAUUGGUGACCCGUAUUUUGGAACACGCCUCAGCUUCUGGUCAAAUCUUCCAAAGAAGCCAAUUCGGUGAGUCUAUGAUUUAUCUAUCCACGUCUGUCGUAUAUUUUCAUAUUUUUUAAUAUAUAAUAUACUCGACAUGACGGAUAACGAUAAGAAUAGAAUUAAUAUAAUAGACUCACACGUAUGUGUACCGAAUCCUUGUCACUUUUUAUUCGCGUGAUGAUGAAUUCCACGCUUUAUUCGAGAAAUUUUCCCCUAUUAACUAUUCUCCUCGCUGACCCGGCUGCUUGGUACGGAAUGCAUUUGCAUACGCAUUAACGUCUACCUCCCAGCAUCAAAUGGUUAAGUUGAACGGUUUCAUUGCCAACUUAAAAGUGCUCUACGAGCACACGAGAACGACAACUGGUACGAAACCUUAUCGCUCGUCCCCUUAGGUAUUCGAACGAGCUUGAAGGCAGAUAUACAAUGUUCCGCCACUGAACUUGUAUACGGCACGACAUUGCGUCUGCCCGGAGAAUUCUUCACACCACGGAGCAGACCUAAUUUCGGUAAAUCAGACUACGUCCAUCGACUGUCUGCAUUUAUGCGAACGCUGUCUCCGGUGUCAACUCGAAUACAACAUCGACAGGUCGCUCUCCCUCGAGAGUUAUCUACCUGUUCACAUGUUCUCAUACGAGUAGAUUCGGUACGCAAACCUUGGCAACAACCUUACGAAGGCCCUUUUCGCGUGAUCGCUCGUCACGAAAAGACCUUCAAGGUUGAUCGACACGGCCGCGUCGAGAUCGUCAGCAUUGAUCGUCUCAAACCAGCACACGUCGAUGACAGUGCCCUAUCUGAUAACCUGAGACUCAAUGCUAGACCUAUCAAACCUAGCGGGAUCCUUAAAUCUUCUUCAGGUCCCACGCUAGAUACAUCUGAGACCUCAUUCUCACGUCCCAGUCAACAGCACGCGUCAUCUGCACCGUCUACGGAUGAGACGACAGUCUCACGUCCAGAUCAGCAGACCACGCCGCCCUUGACUUCGGAUGAGAUGGCAGGCUCACGCGACGCGAACGAGACUAUCGUCUCACGUUCCGGUCGCCGAGUACGGUUACCCGUACGCUUCCUCGACUAGUCGCACAGUCGACAACCGAUACGGUAUAGGAAUAUUCCUAUGCUACUUGCAUGCUACACCCUUCUCUUUUUUGAUUUUCUUUUUGUUUCCUGAGCCCGCGCCUUCGACCAUCUCCGUUUGGUACCGUCGACUUCAGUCAACUUUGGUGAAAGCUGGCCUGAUCACCCAUGCUCUUGUCAACGUACUCAGUCGAUAUAUUGGUUUCGAAUGCUUGGCAUACGCUUGGUCUCGAACUUGGUCGUUAUGGUCGCUUCUGGUUCAUCGGCUCAACGUGGUUUCGUCCUUCGUCUGCAGCGUUUCUGGUCCGGACCCCUACGAACGCCCUCUUCAGAUUCUGGAUACAAACCACUCUGGUGUAUCAUGCCAACUCAAGCAACAAAUACAGCACAUCGCUCCUGGUACCGUUCUCCGAAAACGACCUUCGUUGGCAACUCGACGAUCAACGAUCGCUUUCCUGUUCGCCAAUUCUUCCGUCCUACAAUCGCUCGUCAGCCGAUCAGUCCCACGAUUUAAACCGCUAUUUGUCGAAAGUGUAAACCCUUUCUAGCGGGGGCUCCUGUAGUGACUCACAUUUAUCACGAAAACACGACUGGUUUAAUAAAAACAAUUAUUAUUAUAACCAACUGUACCAGUGUUUGUUUUAACGUGCUUUUGUUUGACUGUGCUAAUGACAGCUAUUUUGUGCUUCCAUUCUUUUACUUACACUUCGAUUGUAACUUCGCGCGAAUUCGGUUACGUUCUGUAACCAAGCUUGUAUCCUGGCACGAUCUCGGUAUCCUUUCGAUGCCACGAGAUCGCCAGCUAAUAAACCUC